AUGGCAACAAUAGGUCAGCCAAUUAAAUGCAAGGGAGCCGUAUUUCGGUGGCCAAACCAGCCGCUAGUCAUCGAGGAACUGGUGGUCGCGGCACCCAAAUCGGGCGAAGUUCGGGUCAAACUCUAUGCGUCGGGUGUCUGCCGAUCGGACGCAUCGACGAUUUGGGGCCAACGAUCCGAUAGUCAUAUACCCUAUGGCCAGCCGAUGAUCAACGGUCACGAAGGAGCGGGUAUUGUCGAAUCGGUUGGUCCGGGAGUUACCGCUGAUGAUGAUGACGGUGUCCAAGUGGGCGAUCAUGUUGUACUAUUAUGGCGACCCCAGUGCAACCAAUGUCCCCUAUGUCUCAAUCCCUUAACCAAUGACUGUCAGCUGGCCGUCGGUAAAGGUGACUGUGAACAGGGAUGGCUACCCGAUGAUGGUAUCAGCCGAUACCGUACAGUCGGUACCAAUGAACCAAUACUUACGCCGUCGACUAACGUAAAUUUGGCCACAUUUGUCCAAUACGCUAUUGUCAGGCCCGAAAUGUUGGCCAAAGUUGACGAUCACAGUCUACCCUUGGAUGUCAUGUCCGUGUUUGGCUGCUGUCUGCCCACUGGUUACGGUGCCGCUCAUAACAUUGCCCGAGUUAACCCGGGAUCGACAUGUCUAGUCUGGGGGUUGGGUGCUGUCGGUUUGGCUGUUGUGUUGGGCUGUAAGUUUAGGGAUGCCCUGACUAUUAUAGGUGUGGAUGUCAAUGAGGACAAGCAGGUGACGGCCCAGCCGUUUGGUUUGACACACUUUAUCAAUGCUGGCCAACAAUCGAUGGAUCAAAUCUAUGAUACGGUUCGGCAAUUAACAGACGGUUUGGGUGUUGACUAUGCAUUUGAUUGUAUAGCCAAACCAAAUACAAUGGACACUUCGUUGAAAUGUUUGGCCACUUGGGGUACGUUUGUUUCCGUCGGUCUCGUCCAGCGGGACGAUGUCAUUGAGCUAUCAUCGGGCCGACUAUUGGACGGCCUGACACUUACCGGCGGUCUAUACGGUAAAUACAAGGGCAAAGAUGGUGUCCUUGAAUUGAUCCGAAAAUAUCGAAACGAUAAACUGUUUCAUCAAUUAGUGGAUCAAUUUGUUAGCAAUAGAUACCAAUUGAAUGAUAUUAACAAAGCUAUUGAUGAUUUGAAAAUCAAUAUAAUAAAUAUCAAUACAUUGACCGCCGAUGACGACGUCGACCACCACCACAACAUCCGUGUAGACAUACCCAGAGAUUUGACACCCGAAAAGUCGGCACUGUUCUGGCAAAGACAGCUACUUAUACUGUUUGUUCCGACCAACGGUGGUCUAGGUCUGGUUCCCGGCGGUCCCGGAGUCAUAGGUCCCGGAGCUAUAGGUCCCGGAGCUAUAGGUCCUAAUGGUCUACCACAAGGUGUUGGCGGUCUACCAGUCGGUGGCGGCGGGUUUAAUGGCCGACUCCAAAACAACCGAAAUGUUGAACGCUUGAGGACAUUGAGACGCCGGACCCGUAUUAGGGUUACUACCAGUAGCUAUGAUAGUGGUCUUGAACAGGAAAACAAAUAA